UAACCAUGGUAACACAUAUACACUAGACUCUGGUGAUUCAGUCCCCCCAGGAGCUAUUUCUUGGCAAGUUAAAACAGGCCUGGGACCAGAGGAUUUUACAAACAUUGCCUCUUUUUCUCCCCCUGGAUGGGGUGGUUCCAAUACCUUUACAGACUUUGCAGUGGAUUAUAAGAAUCGGUCGGAAUUGUUCAAUGUUACAGCUAAUGGAGCUAAUUCUUAUGUUGUUGUGAUGAGAGUAAAUGAGGUGGUGUGUUCAGAUGAGAAUCACUACAGAUGUUCUGUUUUAUUUAUGAACGCUGGUUCCGGUCCUGUAACUAAGACAAAAGAAACAUCUCUCACAACUAGAACACCUGCUGAGCAACCUUAUGACAUUCCAGUUCCUGUCCCAGACAAUAUAGAGGAGAACAUGGUAGUGACUUUGUCCUGUACAGCCAAUGUUGGAAAACCUCCAGGACAAUUAAGGUGGUGGCGCUACAGGAAUGGUAUAACAGCUCCCCAGGAAAUGACAGGAGUGUCUACUAGCACGCCACCGGUACAGGAAGGCGUAUGCGUGUACAACGUUACCAGCACGAUAACAUACAGGAUGACGAAGGAUGAUGAUCAGUCGGUGUGGAGAUGUUUCGUGGAAAAUGAACUGUUAACAAUGCCAGACCGAGACAAACCUAACCAAGAAUCCAAAAGGGUCAAUAUAUUCUUUAAGGUCAAUGUUCCCAUCAUAAGGAAGCUUCCAGACACUGGUGAUGACUCUCAGUAUUCUGUUGGCUCCUCUGUUACCUUGACCUGUCAAGCUGAUGGUAAUCCAACUCCUGGGAUCCACACAAAUAAGACUGUUAACAGAUAUCAAUGGACGUUCAAAGCCAGUCCCAAUGACAAUGUUACAGAACUAUCAUCCAUUAAUGGAACAUUGACUCUGACCAAUCUUCAGGAAACUGAUAGAGGGACUUAUACUUGUACUGCAUUCAAUGGAUUCAAUGGAAAAUGUUUCAAUGCAUCUAGAGACCAAAUUUUACAAAUUGUGAAAACUACAACUACCACUACCCCACGCACUACGCAUAUUAUCGGUACAAUUGGAUCUUCUGAAACAUUCACAACACAGGAACGAAGCGGAUUCCAUACACCACAAUCACAAUUAGAUAUUAUCGCUGGCGGGACAAUUGGAGGAGUUGUUUUAGUUGUACUUGUUGCCCUCUUUAUCUUCAAUAGAAGAUACCAAAUUUUAUGUAUUGAAAGAAAACAAAAUUCAAGUAACAGAAAAAUGGAAGAGUUAAACACUAUCUCUGACACACAAAGGCUUGAAACAGAGAGGAGAGCUCAAUAUGAAGAGCUGACACAGAUUCGUCGGGAUCAGGAAAACGGAUAUGACGUUAUUAGACCGUCAAAUAGUAAGGAAAUUCUGUAA